AUGAAAAACGUAUCAAAGAAGUCCGGUGGGAACGCAGCUACCCCGAAGAAGACCAAGGCUGAAGUGAAGGCAGGACAGAGGUGGCGGGCACAACAGAUCAACGAACGUAAAAGGUUGAAGAAGGAGGCCGACCUCGCCAAGGCAGCAGAGACAGACGGACAGCGGGAACGAGAGGGACAUGCCGCGACCGGUGGUGUGGCUCCGGAUAACAAUCAGGGACCGGCCAGGUCUCGCAAGGCAACAUCACCGUUGAAUCCGCUCUCUGAUGAUGGUACGAACGAAAACGAGCUGGAACAGCAACAACAGCAGCAACAACAACAGCAACAGCAACAACAACACCAGGAGCAGCCGGAGCAGCAGCAGCAACCUGCGGGAAAUGGUAUUGAGGUUGGUGUGGAAGGGGAGGUGAAUGCAAACAGCGGGAAGAACGAAGAGGCGAACUCGGACGCGCCCACAUCGAAAAAGAAGGCCGUCGACCCAGCCGAUGUUGAAACGGAGGCCGUGAGAGAGCAAGCCGAGACGGAGAAAGCCGAGAGGAAGAAAGGCGAGAGAGAGAAAGCCGAGAAGGAGGAAGCGGAGAAGGAGAAGGCGGAGAAGGAGGAAGCUGAGAAGGAGAAAGCGGAGGAGGAGAAGGCGGAAGAGGAGAAAGCGGAGAAGGAGAAAGCAGAGAAGGAGAAAGCAGAGAAGGAGGAGGGGGAAGAGCAGUCAGAGAAGGCCAAGACGCGAUUUGACCUUUUCCAAGGGAUUUUUCCCAAAGCAGCGUGGCCGGUACCAACUAUCCGGUUGAGAGGUCCACGUCAAAUCCGAGCUUUACCUAAGCUCAAGCCUAUCGACAAGGCUGCUCUCGAAGCCAAUUUCGCAAAGUUCCAAAAAUUUGCGGGGGUCUCGGGUCCUGCUGGGGAUGGGCGGGAAUCGAUGAUUGGAUCGAUUCGAGCAGCGGCGGAAAGCGUCUGGACACGAGGACGGAAACGGCGAGGAGGGAGUCAAGGCUUGGACCCGGUUGGUGAUCAUGAACAAAGGUCGAGCUCGGUAAUGGCGGACGAUGCAGGCGAGGGUCAACGCAAAAGAGCGAAGCCGAAUCCCGAGCAGGACACCCCAAUGGGAGAGGCGCAAGAUUUCAUGGGACAAGUGACUAUCGACCUAACCGAACUCCCCGGCUACAACGUCGUCGAUCUUACCAAACUCCUCCCCGCCACCAAACAACCGAAAACUCACGAACACAAACGACCGAAAGAGGGAAAGAAGAUGGCGUCAGUCGGCAACGUCAAGACACCAUCAUUCGGCGGUGACGGGUUCUCCGGAUGGCUCAAGGACUUCCGAAUGAGCAUGCUUAUGCUCGACCUCGACGAAAAUGACAAGAAGCAAGCUAAGUUCUUUGCCGUCUGCCUGAUCGAAGGCUCGGUAGCCAGCCAGUGGUACGAAGACCUCGGAGAAGAGACGAAGAAGAGUUGGGCAGCCAUCCUCCCUGCCUUACGCCAAAGAUUCGGGGACACAGUCGACGAGAAGCACUCCGCAUUCAGGCAGAUGGUGUCCCUCCGUCUGCCCGACAAGGAUGUCGGUAAACUCGACAGCGAAGGGAUCCCGAAGCAUGUAGCGUGGUCGAGGAAGGUUGCCGUGCUGGCCAACAAGGCCGGUCAGGAUCCCAACAACAACAACGCUUACCUGAUCUACAACAACGUGGGAGAAGCGCUACAAAAUGUGCUAUCCAACUCGAACAACGCAAACACCGUCGGAGCCAUCACCAGCAAAAUCGAGACCCUUUCCCCCGCCGAAGUCGAAAACAUCGUGAACGUGGUGCGAAGAGACGAGCAAGCGGCCGCGUUGACAGCCAGGAUGCAGCAACUGGAGAGGCAGUUCGGAAGGCAGGCGUUAGGGAUCUCGAACAACAACCAGUACGACAAGCAGCCCCAAAGCUACGAAAACCCCGACUCGGAAAACGUGAAUAUGGGUCCCUUCCCAGCGACCGCGUCCGGAAUCGCCGAGUACAAGAAGGCCAUCAACGCUUGGUACGGGAAGUACGGCGACUUGGCUACAUCCAGUCUCUCGAAGCCGUUCCCCCUCUCGCCCGGGACGGUACCUGCGGGAAGUAACGAAUGCUUCAACUGCGGGAUGAACACACAUCUACGAGUCAACUGCCCGUCGAAGACACCUCUCCCGCUGAACGAGCAGCGAUACAGGGGCAUGGUGAUGCAGCAGAAGAGGAAGCCCUCGUACCCCGCCUCGGGAUCCAACCUGCAGACUCCGCUGAGGGCUAUGUCCUGGGUAGGGGAAACUGACGAGCGAUUCCGACACCUUACCGCCCUGCCUUUGUCGCCUGCCCUUUCGCCGGAGAGCCGAUUCUCCCAUCUCCCGGAUCUAGGUUCGGGAAACGACAUGGACCUCGACCUCUAG